UGUGUGUAUGUGUGUGUGUGUGUGUGUGUGUGUGUGUGUGUGUGUGUGUGUGUGUGUGUGUGUGUGUGUGUGUGUGUGUGUGUGUGUGUGUGUGUGUGUUGUGGUGGGCGUAUCCUCGUCGAGGCGCAGUUGAUGAUCCUACGCAGAGUGAAAUCAGUUUAUGGGAUCUUUUAUUGAUAAUGUAUAUAUUUAGACGAACAGAUAAUUGGAGUUUCGCGUUAAAACUCUGAGAAACGAGGACAACUUCCUUCUUUUCUUUCCUUUUCUUUCUGGGACUGUUUCCAGCAUCAGCUGAUCUCACACACCGUCUGAUCGUCGGUCCUCGGUGCGCUGCGUUAGUAUGACGGGGUGGAUGAUUUCUUAACACUUCCUGAGCGGGAGACCGGGGGGAUGAAGGACAGACUGGCUGAGCUGACUGCUAGUAAGACGCAAACUGAGGAAGAGGUUGCUGCAGCGGUGGAUUGCGGGGAUGGCUUCAUGGACGGCUACUUCAGGAGGGUAGAGGAGGUCAGAGGACUCAUCGAUAAGAUCUCCCACCAAGUAGAAGAGGUGAGGAAGAUGCACAGCAUGAUCCUGUCUGCACCCAACCCAACUGAUGGUACAAAAGAUCAGCUGAGUGCACUGACCAGUAAUAUCAAAGGGAAUGCCAAUGUGGUGCGGGCAAAACUAAAAUCCAUGGAGCAAAGCAUGCCAAAGGACGAUGCUGCCAACAGGUCAUCUGUCGACUUCAGGAUCCAGAAUACCCAGCACACUGUGCUAUCAAGGAAGUUUGUGGAGGUGAUGACUCAGUAUAAUGAGACUCAAGUGUCCUUUCGGGAACGGAGCAAAGGACGGAUUCAGAGACAACUGGAGAUAACUGGAAGAGUGACCACUAAUGAAGAACUGGAGGACAUGUUGGAAAGUGGAAAUCCUUCAAUCUUCACCUCUGAUAUCAUAUCCGAUUCCCAAAUCACACGCCAGGCCCUGAGCGAGAUAGAGUCCCGUCACCAGGACAUCAUGCGUUUGGAGUCAAGCAUCAGAGAGCUUCAUGCUAUGUUCAUGGACAUGGCAAUGCUGGUGGAAACUCAGGGUGAUAUGGUGAACAACAUCGAGAACAACGUGUCUAAUGCAGCUGAGUACAUUUGUCGAGCCAAAGAGGAGACAAAAAAGGCCGUGAGAUACCAGAAGAAGUCAAGAAGGAAAUACAUCAUCCUGGCCUUUGUUCUGUUGAUCCUCCUCGCUGUUAUUGCUCUCAUCGUGGGCCUCUCUGUUGGACUAACCAAACGCCCUGUAUGACACCUGCUGGGUUUAUGGCAUGAGAAACGCCCCUACCUCACUGUAUGUGGUCUCCUGUUUCUGCUCAUCACUUCACUCAUCUUUGGGUAAUGGACUUUUUUCUUCACAACCUCACUGCAAACAGCAAUGAAAUUCUAGAAUCUUCAUAAGACAGCCAUUGUCUAUUCAACACCAUUACAAAGGAGAUUCCUGUAACACAGUAAAGUGAGUUUGGUAUAUGAGCAACAUCAGAUCUGAUGGUACACUGGAGCAGCCACAAACAGCCAGAAUAGCUUUAUCUGCUAGUGUUUUAUGUCUAGAACUGCCUUUUUAGGAGAUGUUGUACAUGUUAUAGACAUGCUUUAUAUAAGCUGAUGGCUGUAGCUUCGGAUUUAGCAAACUAAUUUAAAGUCCAUCAUUCUUUGGACAUCAAGGCAAAAAAGAGAGCAAGUGUCGUUACAAAAAUGCCUAACAUGAAAAUAAUGUAAUUUAUAAUUUGACAAAAGUGGACAACUUUCAGACAUUUCUGAUAAACAGUCAUGAGAAAAAAGUCCACAUUUUUUAAAUUCUGGGGUUUCAUUUAUCUGGAUAUUUCAAAAAUGAUUUGAAAAAAAUAAAUAAAUAAAAAAGACGUGGACCAAAUUGUUGGUACCCCUUGGUCAAUGAAAGAAAAACCCACAAUGGUCACAGAAAAAACUUGAAUCUGACAAAAGUAAUAAUAAAAUAAGUUCUAUUAAAUGUAACCAGUGAAAGUCAGACGUUGCUUUUCAACCAUGCUUCAACAGAAAUAUUUUUAAAAAUAAAACCAUGGAACAGGCCUGAACAAAAAUGAUGGUACCCCUAACUUAAUAUUUUGUUGCACAACCUUUUGAGGCAAUCAAACAAUUCAUGUUACUUUCAUUGACCCAUCUGCACUUCUCAGCAGGUAUUUUGGCCCACUCCUCAUGAGCAAACUGGCCCAGUUGUCUCAGGUUGGAAGGGCGCCUUUUCCAGACGGCAGUUUUCAGCUCCUUCUAAAGAUGCUCAAUAGGAUUGAGGUCAGGGCUCAUAGAAAGACACAAUUAGAAUAGUUCAAUUGUUGUUGAAUGUUGUUGAAUGUUUUCCUCUUAGCUAUGCUUGGGUGUGUUUAGCUGUGUAUUUUAGGGUUGUUCUGUUGUCUGCGACUGAGACCAAGCUUUCUGACACUGGCCGGCACAUUUCUCUCUAGAAUCCUUUGAUGGUCUUGAGAUUUCAUUGUACCCUGCACAGAUUCAAGUCACCCUGUGUCAGAUGCAGCAAAGCAGCCUCAGAACAUAACAGAGCCUCCUCCGUUUCACAGUAAGGACAGUGUUCAGUUCUUAAUAUGCUUCAUUUUUUCCUCUGUGAACAUAGAGCUGAUGUGCCUUGGCAAAAAGUUCCAUUUUUGUCUCAUCUGUCCAGAGUACAUUCUCCCAGAAGCUCUGACUUGCCAACAUGUAGUUUGGUAUAUUCCAGUUUGACUUUAAGAUUUGUUUUCAACAAUGGUGUCCUCCUUGGUCAUCUCUCAUGUGGUCAACUUUGGCACAAACAAAAACGAAUGGUGCAAUCUGACACUGUUGUUUCUUGAGCUUGAAAUUCACCUUGGAUCUCUUUAAGUUUUCUGGGCUCUUUAGUUACAAUUUGGUUUUUCAUUUAAUCAACUUUCCUCCUGCAGCCCCCCCCC